AUGGAAACGGUAACUAUCAUUGGAGGCGGCUUGGCGGCGUUGAGUCUCGCCCUCUCUUUGCGCAAACAAGACGUUCCCUGUGCGAUUUACGAACUGCGAGAUGAGAGCUACCGGAAAGGAGGCGAUAUUGCACUGGCGCCAAAUGCAUUGCGUGUCUUGGACCAUGUCGGCGCUUACGGAAAAGCCCGCAAGUUAGGAUACAAUUAUGACACCUUUGAGAUGAUGAACAGCGCCGGAAAAUCUCUUGGUUCCUUUCGAAAUGGGGGACAGGAUCUUUUCAGUUAUAGUGCUCUUCGUAUCAACCGAGAUGUCGUUCGAAAAGUGUUAAUUGAAGAGGUCAAGGUCCAGAGGAUUCCCAUCCAUUUCAACAAGAAGUGCGUCAAGGUGUCUGAAAGUGAGGAUCAGGUCAUGGCCCAUUUUGAGGAUGGUGAAAUUGUUUCUUCAAAAUUCCUAGUCGGCGCAGAUGGCAUUCAUUCCCGCGUUCGGCAAUACCUAUACCCUGGUAGCGAAGCUCAGUACUCUGGUUUACUGGUUGUCCUGGGUCAUACUACAAGAGAUAAAAUUGCUCAGACUUGGGAUGGUGCGAAAGUGCCAUGCAUGUAUUUUGGUAAGGAUGGCGCAUUUACAAUCUUACCAUCCAGCUAUAAUGGCCACGAGGUCGGGUACUUUGCCACGCUUGAUGUUCCGGACAGAGGAGAGGAAUGGGACCGCCUGGAAACGGACAAAGAGCAAAUUGGUCAGAUUUUUGAGGAAGUCGUUCAAGACGCGAGCUGGCCUACCAUUGUGAAAGAUUUACUGAAAGCGACUGCUUUACCAGAUUUUAGAUCCUGGCCAUUUGCCAAGGUCCCAGAUCUGGAGAAUUAUGUCUCUACGUCAGGAAGAAUCAUCCUGGUGGGUGACGCCGCACACGCAAUUCCACCAUCAGGAGGCCAAGGGGCAGCGAUGGCAUUCGAAGAUGCGGAGACUCUUUCUUACGUGUUGGGCAAGUCGAGCUUACCUGAUUACAAUCAGGCGAAGGUGACAGAAGGCCUCCGAAAGUGGGAGAAACAUCGCAUCCAGCGAAUGAGCGAAAUUUUGGAUUACACUAUCCGAGCUGGAGACAUGAGAAAGAGGAGCUCCAUGUUCUUGGUACAGAUGAUGAAGGAAUGGACCAUCUGGGCUUUGUUCAAAUUUUACAAGUAUCGAGGCGGUGGGCCAGGUUGGAUCUACAACUACAAUGCCGAAAACAUUCUCGGUGUUGUGUCUGGAUGA